UCAUUACAGGCAGCCUCCCUCUAUUGUCUCCAUUAACAAGUGCGGAGUUAAUAGUUGAUUUUGAGCCCCUAAAUCAGCUCUGUUGGUCACGACAGAACACUUUCUUUUCUUUUUUCUUUUUUUUCUUGUUUUUGUUCUUGUGUGGCAGCUGCACAGAUCUGCUCCUUUCUCCAGUCAUCGCCAUGAGGAUUGUCUAAAUUGUCUUCAAAUUCCUUUUGCUGUUGUGGAACAAAGAGAUUUUUACUUCAGGAUAUACAGAUAUAUAUAUAUUGAUUGUGUGUGUGCGUGUGUGAGGGUGGAGGUGAAACUGCUGAGUUUCGCAAGGAAGUUGCUUUAGACGGACAGGGACCCCACGGAGCCUGCGGGGGAGGCUGGAGCCGGAGCAUCACCGCUCGCACACUGGCGGAUGAUUUGAUUUUCCUCAUUUCCGAGGCUCUACUGAAGAUGUGACUUGUGGAUUACACGCUUUACUCCCUAAAUAGAUUUCUUCAAAUUCACUGACACAUUUUUGCACUACCGCUGGUUUUGUUUUUUUUGUUUAGUUUGUUUGUUUAGCUUUUUUGUUUCUGUGCUGUCUUUUGGAUUAUGAUUUCCUCAUGGGGCUCGGUUAGCUCCAUCUCUGGGGUCCUUUACCCCUCCUUCAUCGACCAGUAGAAAGGCCCAACAUUUAUAUUCAUUCCAGAACUCUCAGUUUUGGAAUCCUUCCUCUGAGAUCUGCUUUGUUAACUUCUUCAUUGAUCAUGGAACCACGGUGGAGACCAGUUUCCUACCCCUUGUCUCCCUCCUUCAUCUUCCUCCUCGUGGCUACUUCUUACACUUGGCUCAUUCCCGUCGCCUCCCCUCAGCGAAUCCCCACAGACCCUCAGGCAGCACCAGAGUAUGCCCACUCCAUCCGACUAGAUGGCGAUAUUAUACUCGGCGGAUUAUUUCCAGUGCACGCCAGAGGGGACCGUGGCACGCCAUGUGGCGAGCUAAAAAAGGAAAAGGGCAUCCACCGCUUGGAGGCCAUGAUGUUCGCCAUCGACCUGAUCAACAAGGACCCCGAACUGUUACCCAACAUCACACUGGGGGCCCGGAUCUUGGAUACCUGCUCCAGGGACACGUAUGCUCUGGAGCAGUCCCUGACGUUUGUACAGGCCUUGAUAGAGAGGGAUGGAUCCGAUGUCCGCUGUGCCAAUGGAGACCCUCCAAUCUUCACCAAGCCGGAUAAAAUCGUAGGAGUGAUCGGAGCUGCAGCCAGCUCGGUGUCGAUCAUGGUGGCCAACAUCCUACGCCUGUUUAAGAUCCCGCAGAUCAGCUACGCCUCCACGGCUCCCGAGCUGAGUGACAACACUCGCUAUGACUUCUUCUCCCGUGUUGUGCCACCGGACUCGUACCAGGCCCAGGCCAUGAUGGACAUCGUCACGGCAAUGGAGUGGAACUACGUUUCCACGCUGGCCUCAGAAGGCAACUAUGGCGAGAGCGGCGUUGAGGCCUUUAUCCAGAUUUCCAGAGAAACUGGUGGUGUGUGUAUUGCCCAGUCCUUGAAGAUCCCCAGGGAGCCCAGGCCAGGGGAGUUUGACAAGAUCAUCAGACGCCUGCUGGAGACCUCCAAUGCCAGGGCCAUCAUCAUGUUCGCUAAUGAGGAUGACAUACGACGAGUUCUGGAUGCAGCUAAAAGGAACAACCAGACGGGUCACUUCCUGUGGGUGGGUUCAGACAGCUGGGGGUCCAAGAUCUCCCCUGUGAUUGGCCAGGAGAGGGUGGCCGAGGGGGCCAUCACAAUUCUUCCCAAAAGGGCAUCUGUGGAUGCAUUUGACCGGUAUUUCCGUAGCCGUUCGCUGUCCAACAACAGAAGAAAUGUUUGGUUUGCUGAAUUCUGGGAGGAAAACUUUAACUGUAAACUGGGAAUGCAUGGUAAACGGCCUGGCAGCCUGAAGAAAUGCACAGGUUUAGAAAAAGUUGGCCGUGACUCCAGUUAUGAACAAGAGGGAAAGGUUCAGUUUGUGAUGGAUGCAGUGUAUGCCAUGGCCCACGCUCUGCACCACAUGCACCGGGAGCUCUGCUACGGAUACCCAGGCCUCUGUCCACGGAUGGCCAACAAUAUCGAUGGUAAAGAGCUACUCAACCACAUCCGCGCUGUCAACUUCAAUGGAAGUGCUGGUACACCAGUGGUUUUCAAUGAGAAUGGAGAUGCUCCAGGGAGAUACGACAUAUUCCAGUACCAGAUCACCAACAGAUCGACUACUGAGUACAGAGUCAUCGGCUCCUGGACCAAUAAAUUACACCUCAAGGUGGAGGCCAUGCGUUGGAGGAUGGGUGACCCAACUUUCCCUGCCUCCGUUUGCAGCCUCCCGUGCCGUACGGGUGAAAGGAAGAAAGUGGUGAAAGGGGUGCCGUGCUGUUGGCACUGUGAGCGCUGUGAAGGAUACCACUUUCAGGCCUCAGAGUUCACCUGUGAGCUGUGCCCAUACGAGAAGCGACCUGAUGCCAACCGCACUGGCUGCACUCCCAUUCCGAUCAUCAAACUGGAGUGGCACUCACCCUGGGCCAUCGUCCCCGUCUUUAUCGCCAUGCUGGGUAUCAUCGCCACCUCUUUCGUCAUCGUCACUUUUGUCCGGUACAAUGACACGCCCAUUGUCCGAGCUUCGGGGCGAGAGAUGAGCUACGUGCUGCUUACUGGAAUCUUCCUGUGCUAUGCCAUCACAUUCCUGAUGAUCGCGACGCCGGAUGUGGGCGUGUGCUCCCUGAGGAGGAUUUUCUUAGGCUUGGGGAUGUGUUUUAGCUACGCUGCGCUGCUCACCAAGACCAACAGGAUACACCGCAUCUUUGAACAAGGGAAAAAGUCUGUAACAGCACCCAGGUUUAUCUCUCCUGCCUCCCAGCUCGUCAUCACCUUCUCCCUGAUCUCAGUUCAGCUUCUGGGUGUCUUUGUGUGGUUUGCCGUGGACCCUCCCCAUACUGUAGUGGACUACGGCGAGCAGCGGACCCAGGACCCCACGGCGGCACGUGGUGUCCUCAAGUGCGACAUCUCAGACCUGUCUCUCAUCUGCUCCCUGGGUUACUCAAUUCUGCUGAUGGUUACGUGCACGGUUUACGCAAUCAAGACGCGAGGCGUGCCCGAAACCUUUAACGAAGCCAAGCCUAUUGGAUUUACCAUGUACACCACCUGUAUCAUCUGGCUGGCGUUCAUACCCAUCUUUUUUGGCACGUCCCAGUCUGCAGAACGGAUGUAUAUACAAACUACUACCCUGACCAUCUCUCUGAGCCUGUCUGCAUCUGUUUCUCUGGGGAUGCUCUACAUGCCCAAGGUUUACAUCAUCCUCUUCCACCCCGAGCAGAACGUACCCAAACGAAAACGGAGCUUCAAGGCGAUCGUGACAGCAGCCACCAUGUCGGGAAAACUGACUCAGAAGGGAGGAGACCGGCCAAAUGGAGAAGUUAAGACUGAACUGUGUGAGAGCAUGGAGACCAACAGUGACUUCAUCAACUAAGAUGACAUAUGUCAGCUACAGUAAUCACGCCAUGUGAAGGGACCAUAGAAGAAGAAGAUGACGAUGGAGAAGAGGGGGGGGAUUGAAUAGGAGGGGGACGUGUUGUGGGGGCAGGGCCAAGGGGAAGGAAGAGCUGUGACUCAGCUGAUUGGCUGAAAAAGUGGAAAACAGACAGAGCGCCCAAUGGAAUUCAAGCAUGAGACAUUUUGUAUUGUUCCCCAUCAAAUCACAGAGGUGGGACCACAUAAACAGCCAGUCAGUGUGCCUGCUUUCCUGCUGUUCACAGCUCAUUGGUCCUACCAUGAACUUACCUGUUUUAAAAAAGAAAAAAAAAAAGAAACAACAUGGAAAAAAAGUGGUACCAUAGGAGACUGUGGUGGAAAGAGUAACUCUUAAAACAUAUAAAAACAAAAAUAAAAAAUUUUAAAAGAGAAAAAGUCAUAAAAAAACUCAAAAAAAUGUGUAGAAAUUAUAUCUAAAGGGCAAAAGGUGGGGCUGAAAAAGAGAUUUAACAAAUUACAUUUUAAAAGAUAUUUAAAAAGAGAAAUGUAAGAAAAAUCUAUGAGACUCAAACUUGUUUGUUGUUAUUCUCUACUUGUAGGUAUUUUUGUGGUCGUGACGAUUUUUUCAUUCUUGUCUCACCGUUGUCUGAUGGAUCGCCCUUGCAUAAUGAGAUGAGUGUGUUUCCUCCUGUCUUGGCUAUCCGGGUUGUAGCCUUGGGUUGUGAACCUGUAAAAUGCCAUGGUUGAAGCAUGCCAGUUUUUAUACAAAAAGGAGAUUUAUUUAUAAUAAAGGAAUGUUUUGCAAAUGUGUAGAUUUUGUUGUCAUGCU